AACCAUGGGCGGUCCGCUGAGGAUGGCUACUUUAGAGCGGGCCCUGCCCCUGGUGACCGCAGAAAGCUGGACAACGGCAAGAUCAGCUGCCACUAGAUGCUUGAGAGAAGAAGUGGCACAACACAGAAGUUUCCAGUAACACGACAAGCCGCUGAUUCGGAGCCGCUGAAUCGGAGAGCAAGAUCAAGAAAGGGGCAGACAGAAAAACAGCUGCUUUUUUCCUGUUCCUGUUCACAGUGAGAGCCAGAAGAGGAAAGGUUGAGGAUCGGUAUCCAUAAAGGAGCCACGCCCCUCUGCAACCUCAAGUUUCCUUAUCUUCACCUUCCUCCUCCUCCUCUUCCUCAUCUCUUUGGCAGAAGAUACCUCUGCUCCUCACCAGUCUCGCUUAUCCCCUCAACCCGUCAAGGAACCAUGGACCGCUCGACGCAGGAGCUGUUCCUCAACUUUAUGAUCGUCUUAAUCACUGUGCUGCUGAUGUGGCUGCUGGUGAAAGUCUACCUGGACUGAACCAUGGUGCGAGAGUUCAGGAGAUGAGUGAGAGGGAGAGGGGAUGUAGACGUAGGUGUGGAGGGAAGCCAGCAUGGUUACUGUAGGACUUUGAGUUUACAUCCUUUCAUUCGUUUGGACGAGCUCUAGCAUUCAUGUGAGGUCAAAAAACAUGUGAUUGCCAAAGCCAGGGCAGAUUGUCAAAGACAAAGUAGAGUUGGAUCCGUACUUGUAUUCUGAGACGAUUGAAUGUGGCCUUGAAAUUCUGGCAAGAACCAGAGGGUUAAACCAUAGAGCAAAUGGGACGGUGAAUAAAAAUAACUGACCUGGGA